ACGUCACCGAAGACGCGAGUGCAGCUUCGUCCGAUCGAGUAUUCAUUCAAAUCGGAGUUCUGAUCAUCCGGUUGCGUUAUUUUUGACAAAACACGACGAACUAAAUUCACCUCCUACGCCCUCGGACUAUCCUCUGCUCCGGUGAAAUUUUUUAUUCGACAAUGGGGGGACUACAUUUCUGUCAUUUCAUGCUGAUCUGGUGGUCGAUUGAUUUACACGUGAAAGCUGACGAUCUCCGAGACUUCCUCACUACCUUCGACGCCGUGAAAUCCUACAAAAUGGUAUACCCAAAAAUUGGAAUAUCCUUCCACGGUAGACGCGAAAAGAGGUCGACCACGUCUGAGGUAAUUCCUCUGCGAAUCACUAUCGAAGAUUGGACUCUGGAGACGUCGUUAAACGAACACCUGAUUAUUGCUCCCGGAUUUGCGGUGCGGCGGAUAUUCUUAUCCCCGGGGAAGCGACACCGACGGGAUACAGACGAAGAAAAUCCCACGGGAUCCUGCGAGUUUCGAAAUGGAUUUGUCCGCGGCCAGUCGGAGUCCUUAGCCGCGAUAACCGUGUGCGGUGGUUCCUCGAUUUACGGUUUCAUACGUGUGACCGAGGGGACGUUCUUUAUCCAACCUCUGACCGAGGGACGUCAUAUUAUUUACCAGUCCGAGAGAAACUUGACGGGAAAGUCGGAGGAGAAUCGUUCGUACAGUUUUGAUAGCGUCGUGCGAGAGUCUGAGGACUCCUCGAUAAAAACUCAAAGAGAUUUAGGGAGGGCAGGAGAUCGCUUCGAGCAAUUUUUCGACUACGUUGAAAAAGACAAUUUGAAUAUAUCCAGUACAAAUGACAUUUCAGCGACCGCCGCAGGGCUGCCUAUAGAUGCGGUCUGGGCUGGACCAGAAUCCCGGCAUAAGGGGAAUGAUAACUUUCCCCGAAAUUUCCAGUCGAGGGUUUCGAAUUGGCAGCGCUAUUCCUCAGGCACCCGUGAACGAGUCAAACGAAAUUUGAUGGUCUGCGAUACUCGGGAGUUCUAUAAUCUGACGGGGGACACGAUUGAUGUAGAACCGAAUCCGAGCGACGCUCUAGAUAAAGAGGAGAUAGAAGCCGAGGAUGCCGAGCUUCCUGCUGAAGAAGAUUUCGAGCAUAUUGGAUAUUUCUUUGAUCGGGCCUGGGAACGGAAUAAGUUGCCCCGAAGGAGGCCAGCUGCAAAAGAACCUCAACCCCGAUGGUUGGAAAUAGGAAUUGCUGCCGAUUAUUCGGUGGUGGAAUUUCACGGAUCAAGAGUUCAGCAAUACAUUUUGGCUCUGUUCAACAUCGUCAGCGCUAUUUACAAAGAUCCAUCGCUGGGGUCGAAUCUGAGGCUGGUGAUAGUUCGCAUGAUUUUGUAUGCGGAUAAAAACGACGGAAUGGUCCGUCGAGGCAACGCCAGAAAAUCUCUGGAGAACGUCAAUCGAUGGAACAAUAAAUUUCUAUCGUCCUCGAACGAAACUCACGACAUAGCAGUUUGGCUAACGCGACUCGAUUUGGGAGGUCCUUCGGGAUACGCGCCGGUUUCCGGCGUUUGCGAUCCAUCGAGAUCGUGCGCCUUGAAUCGAGAUGAAGGUUUGACAAGCGCGUUCAUAAUCGCUCACGAGCUUGCACACGUGCUGGGAUUAACGCACGACGGAGAUGAUACCGUAGGAAAUUCAUGCGGCGAUGAAGCUUCCAUGGGAAGUGUCAUGGCGCCAAUGGUUGCCGCUACAUUUCAUAGAUUUCACUGGUCCAGUUGUUCGAAGAGGGAAUUCCACCAAAGAUCCAAGCAAUGGAAAUGUCUUUUGAAUCAGCCCGAUAACCAGAACGUUACCCAUCUGAAAUCCACCGUUCAAGCGACCUUCACCAUGGACGAACAGUGCAGGAUGGAGUUUGGGGAUGGGUACAGCCUCUGCAGGAGUUUCGAACUGCCCGAACGUUGUUCCCAUCUUUGGUGCGGCCACGAAAAUUCCUCACAAAUUUGCAAAACGAAAAAAGGACCUCCGCUCGAGGGAACCGAAUGCGGCGAGGACAAGUGGUGCAUCAAUGGGUAUUGCGAGCUGGUUGACCGUCGGAAAUUCGGCCUUGGUCCGGUCAUCCACAACGUCAGAGACGGAGGUUGGAGCGAUUGGAGUAUCUGGAGCAAUUGUUCGAGGCCAUGCGGAGUCGGGGUUCAGUUCCGGUCUAGGAAAUGUAACGAUCCAACGCCUGCGUACGGUGGUGCGAAUUGUAACGGUGAAAACGAGGAGUUUAAAAUCUGUCGAGUUUCCGAGUGUCCCGAACAAACAGACCUGAGAGCUCAGCAGUGCGCUCGGCUGGUGACUCUGAUGGGAUUUCCGGCAUCGUCUUCGUGGUACAAUUCGAGUUGGCUGCCCCACGAACCUGAGGAGGCGAAUUCAAAGUGCCAAUUGACCUGCCGAAGUCGCCAAACCGGGGAAAUAUUCCGAAGUGGAGAAAAUCUGAUCGAUGGGACACCGUGCUCUUACGGGAGUUCCGACGUUUGCGUUCAAGGAAAGUGCGAGAAAAUUGGAUGUGACAACGUGAUAGGUUCGCAAAAAAUUACCGACAACUGUGGCGAAUGCGGAGGUGAAAACGUGAACUGCAAAAACAUCACCAGCAGAUAUCAAAAAAAAUUGCGGCGAGGUAUGACUCGACUCGCCGUGAUUCCUCGAUCCGCGCAUCACGUAAAGAUAGAACUGACUCUCGAUCACUUCCCCGAUGCCCAUCGGAAUGAUACUGUGAUAACGAUUCGUGACAGACGUCGCAGGCGUAACGAUAUCGGAAAAUUUGACAGUUGGGGUAGAGCAGAACCCGUGAUCGUCGAGGGUGCCGCUUUUCGGUCACGGAAAUUCGGGGACACUUAUACUUUGAGGUCACGGGGCGUUCUGUUUUCAGAAAUCGUUGUGUCUUUGGGAGUUCCCGAUGAAGCGGUUCGUCGAGGUGUUACUAUUUCGGUAUUUUUCCAAUACACGAUUCAUAGGAACGACUCGAACAGCACCACCAGGUAUUCUUGGAUACGCGGUGGUUGGGGGCCAUGUUCGGCAAGUUGUGGCGGUGGAAGUAGACAAAAAACCAUCGCUUGUAGAGACAAUUUAAGCGGUGAUAUUGUGCCAAAAAGAAACUGUCCUUUGGCUUCAAAACCUCUUCAGGAAACUGAGGUCUGCAAUUUGCUCAGCUGCCAGUUCAAAUGGAUUCGCGGUCAGUGGGAAGAGUGCACAGCGACCUGCGGUUCCACGGGAUUUCAACACAGAGAAAUUUACUGCGUUCAUGUAUCUGUGAACGUGACCGUAGUCUCGGUCGAGAAUGCCGCAAUUAUUUACAGAGAUAUGUUACCUCCGGAUCGAUGUGGACAACCUCCCCAUACCGAACAGGAGUGCAACAGAAUACCAUGUCAAGGUCGAUGGCUGUUCACCGAUUGGUCACCGUGUUCGCAGAGUUGCGGUCGCGGUAUCCAGACUCGUUUGGCUCAUUGUGGUCCAGGGGAAUCGACGGAUUCGUUUUUCACUUGCGGUAAAGUUGCUCCUUACGAAUUCAGGACUUGUAAAACGUUUCAGGAUCAGGACACGGUUUGUUCGGAAUCCUGUAAAGUCGACAGGAGUAAAUACUGUUCGUUCACGUUAUUUCAACGAUACUGCGAAGUGCCGAGUUUCAGGAAGAGAUGUUGUUUGAGUUGCGCAAAUAUUUAGGCGACUUACUGUCGUAUCGCGUAGAUGCCAAAGUCGGAGUCAAAGGUAAGGGGAAACGUCGACUCGGAAUAGUCAUUGUCAUUUCUACAAAUUUGUCCUCAUGUUUGCUACAGUUUCUGAAACAAUUUUAAUCCGUGUGAAAUUCCGAUUAAUAUCGUUUUUUAAACACAAUGUAAUAAUUAUAAAUUUUCGCAGUAUAAUCAUUAGAGUACUCGCAUGCACGGCCUGUACAUUAAAUUGGUCUACCGUAGUAAUAGACUAGGAUUUUAUUCAUAUAUCAAGUGUACAAUGCAUAUUAUAGUGACGUCAUUAGCGCUAAUUGUAUUACAAGGUAAUCAUAAAUUUAAUAUUAAAGAAUCCAACAUGCGAUAACGCGGCUAUAUUAUUUAACGGAGCAACAGAGGUAAAGGUAGUAAAUUUUGUCAAUCGAAAACAUUA